GUUAUUUCAUAGUUUUGAUGUCUUCACUAUUCUAUAUAAUAAAAUAAAAACUUGAAUGAGUAGGUGUGUCCAAACAUUUGACUGGUACUGCAUAUAACAUGAAUGUAAACAUUUCUUGAAGUAAUUUAAAUAUUGAUUAUUUGGUGUCUAUCAACAGAUGGACAGCCCAAAGAAGAAGUCCCUUCCACCUGUAAAGUUUUUAGAGGGUGAAGUUAUAUGGGCAAAGUUCAACCGAAGACCCUGGUGGCCUUGUGAGAUGACAGUUGACCCAGUACAGGGAACCUACCACAAAAUGAAAGAGCCCAGUGAUAGGCCUUGUCGGCAGUACCACAUCAGGACCUUUGGAGAGCCGUUGGAACUGGCCUGGGUCGCAGGAAAAGCUACACACACUUUUCAUGGAGGCUUUGAGUUUGAACAGCUCCCCUUGAUACGCAGGAGAGGAAGGCAAAGAGACAAAGACUACAAAUACACUAUACCCAAGCGUUUUAAAGCAUCUUGGGGAAAAAGUGUGGCUGAGGCAGAAGCUGUCCUCCCAGAGCGGCCCAAAAUGGGGCCCUCUAGACCUGACUCCAUAGAUACAACCCUCCAUGAUGGGUCCAUAUUAGAGAACAAGGACCUUCCAAUUCCCCCUUCCUCCAUUCCAUCUGCCUCUAUAUCCCCUGCACCAAGUCACAUAACAAACGGAACUGUGUCACCACAAAGUAAAUCUUCCCCAAAAGGAAGCAUUUUCAAGAAGCCUCAGAGGAAGAAGAAUCCAACUAAAGCAUCAAAAGCUAAAAAUGAGUUCUUCAACACCGAAACAUUUGGAAGCACUGACAAGCCAGAGGGGGACAUCGAAGAAUGUCCGUAUUUGGACAUUGACUCUAUCCCCAAUAUUUUGUGUCCUAAAGCACUUGAGCGUCAAUCCAAGCCCUCUCAGACUCAGCCCUCAGUUCCAGUAGUAGAAAAAGUGAAGAAGCAGCCUGAAGUCCAAAGUGGCCUGUGGUUCAGCAAACCAGGAAAAGACAGGCGACUCAUCACUACCACCUCCAUUUCUAAACACAAUUCCUUUAGCAAGGGCCCCUGCAAGAAAAAUACUCAAACUGCAGCUGCUGUCAAUAGACAGACACAAGUGUCCAGUGUGGCAAUCAAGGAAUGCUCUAGUCAUCAGUUGAAGACUUCAGUGUCCAGUGUAAUAGUCAAAGAACGCCCUGCUGAUCAGUCGAAGACUCCAGUGUCCAAUGCAACAGUCAAAGAAAUGACUGGUAAUCAGUUUAAGACUCCAGUCUUAAGUGUGCCCAAGCUCACGGAUCAGUCGAAGGACCUGGGCAAGCAGUCUGUGCAUCUGCCCGCUAGCAACCGCCUCAUGACCAGAGCUCUUAAAGCUAUGGAGGAAGCUGAGCGGAAGGUCUCAUCUUCCACAAACACGCCCUCUGAUAAACCAGAGACCAAAACAAACUGUUAUACAGAGGACAAACCUUCAAAGGUUGACAACGAUAAUCAGAUCAUGGCUUUUCCAAAUGGCUCUUCAUCAAAGUUCACCAGGUCGAAGGACUUUGAGGCAAAGGUUAAGACAGAAAAUGAGAGCUUCUUUGUAUCCCAGAUGCCUGCGGAUUUCAUACCUCUAACUUCUGGGAAGGAAAAGAAAGAGAACCGUGUGUCUCACAUCUCCUCCUGUUCCUCUCCCUCGCCAUGCUUCUCUCCCAUCGAUGUCUUCAAAGACAUCAAAGAGUUAUCCUUCAAGUCCCUGGAAUCAAGUGAUGGUGAUGGAAAACAUGUGUCUUUUAAACCAGACACUAACUACAAGUUCAGUACUUUCCUCAUGCUGCUGAAGGACGAGCACGAUACCAGGGAGAAACAUGGUACACCCUUGGAGCUGGAAAUCGGACCACCCACUGCCCAUGUAAAAGAGGAGCCUUCAGUAAUUCCACCCUUACUAGGAGAGGAGUCACUCAGUCAAGGCCCUAGUCUCAGUAAAAGUCAACAGUGCAAGGGCAAGACAAAGGCCAAACCCAAGCUCAAGUCUUCUCUGAAAGUAGAAAUCCCACAACUUGAAGGCAGCAUAAACCAGGACUUGAAAAGGUCAGCCAAAAAGAGAGGCUUGUCUGGGACUAAAAAUAACCCUAAUGGAAAAGAGCCUUGUGGUAAGAGGUCUCCUGGACCUGGCUACCUUGGGAUGGAGGCCUCACACCAUCUUUCUAGCAAUGCCUGUCUGAAGUUUAACCAUGAUUCAGGGACAUUAGGGGGGUUGGGGGAGGGCUGCAGUGGGCUAAUGAAUGAGAGACUACAGAACAUGGUGCCUUUGGAGCAGGGUGGUGCAGACCCAUCUGUGUCCUUUCAGACAAAGACAAGGUUGGACCAGCAGAUUAUCCCUGCCAUCAAUUCUGCAAACACUACACAAAGUACUGGGGAAGGCCAGGAGGCUCCCACAGCACAUAAACGAAUUAGAAAACCAAGCAAAAGACUCAUAGAAUGGACAGAAGAGUAUGAUCAGAUAUUCUCCACAAGGAAGAAACAGAAAAAGGCCCUGCAGUCUUUGGGAAAGGUGGCACAGUCCAACAGCAACAAACCAGAUCCCCUACCAUCAGAGAAACCCACACAUGACCAUGCCCCUCUGAACCCACUUCCUGAAAUACAAUCCCUGCCCCCAGAGGAACCAUCCAAGACCCCAAAUGGACAAGCCCCUCCCCGAAUAGAGAACACUCUCCCUCAGGAUGCACCUAUCCUGUCCAUAGAUACUCUAACCCUGCCUCCUGAAGCAGACCCUUCGCUGUUGUGUGACAGUCUUACAAAGAAUGUUGGUGACGUUCCUUACUUGGAAACCAUCCGUAAGAGACAGAGAAAACCCACUCUGAAAAUUCUGGAAUACUCAGAGGCUGCCACAAUCCCAAAGAAAAAGGUCAAGUCCCUGAAGUCCAGCUCAUCAAGCCAGGCUGUUCAUUCAGGCUCUGGACAACACUCCUUUAAAUCAAAGAUCAAGCAACCAAUGACAUCCACCACUACAUCCUCCACAAUGUUGCCCUGCACCCCUGCACCCUGCCCCCAGACACAGAGUUGCAUGGAGAGGGGGUCAGACAUCGACCUCACCACGCCCCCCACUAAGGACACUAAUCUCCAUGACGAUGGGAGGGACACCAUAGACCCAGAGGGUUUUGCAUCCAGUUUCGAUGACAGCUUUUCAUCCAUGAGGGAGGAGUCUUCACAGUGCGAUGACACACUCUUCCCCAAUAAGAAGAUCAUAGUGGACAGAGGGGGCGUGGCCUCAUUGAAGGAGAAUGUGUGUCAGGUAUGUGAGAAGACUGGGGAGCUGCUGCUGUGUGAGGGCCAGUGUUGUGGGGCCUUUCACCUCCAGUGUAGCGGCCUCACAGAGCCUCCUAAAGGGAAGUUCGUCUGCCAGGAGUGCAAGUCUGGUGUCCAUACCUGUUUUGCGUGUAAGAAGCCCGGGGAGAACGUGAGGCGCUGUAUGAUCCCAGUGUGUGGGAAGUUCUACCAUGGAGAGUGUAUCGCCAAUCACGCUCCCGUUGCCCCCCUGCACGGGGGCUUCCGCUGCUCCCUCCACGUCUGUCUGUCCUGCUUCAUCACUAACCCUGUCAACCCCUCCGUCCCCAAAGGUCGUCUGACACGCUGUGUGCGAUGCCCUGUGGCGUACCAUGCCAACGAUUACUGCAUGGCAGCGGGCAGUGUGGUCCUGGCCAACAACAGCUUCCUGUGUCCCAACCACUUCACCCCCCGCAGGGGAUUCCGAAACCAUGAACACGUCAACGUCAGCUGGUGCUUUGUCUGCUCUGAAGGGGGCAGUCUGUUGUGCUGUGAGUCGUGUCCUGCUGCCUUCCACCGGGAGUGUCUGAACAUCGACAUGCCCGAGGGCAGCUGGUUCUGUAACGACUGCCAGGCCGGGAAGAAGCCCCACUAUAAGGACAUCCUGUGGGUCAAAGUGGGCCGGUACAGGUGGUGGCCUGCGGAGGUCAACCAUCCCAAGAACAUUCCGGAGAACAUCCUACGUAUGAGGCACGACGUAGGCGAGUUCCCUGUGCACUUUUUUGGCUCCAACGACUACCUGUGGACCUACCAAGCCAGAGUCUUCCCUUACAUGGACGUAGACACCAACAACAAGGAGAAGAUGGGGAAAGGUGUAGACGUCAUCUACAAGAAAGCUUUGGAGGAAGCUGCUCGCAGGUUUCUGAAACUGCAGGCAGAGAAAGAACUGAGACAGCUUCAGGAGGACAGGAGGAAUGACAAGAAACCCCCUCCAUACAGACACAUCAAGGUGAAUCGGCCAAUCGGGAAGGUGCAGUUCAUCACGGCCGACCUAUCAGAGAUCCCACGCUGUAACUGCAAGGCUUCAGACGAGAACCCGUGUGGCAUCGACUCUGAGUGUAUUAACCGCAUGCUGAUGUACGAGUGCCACCCCCAGGUGUGCCCAGCGGGCAAUGGCUGCCUGAACCAGGCCUUCACCAAACGCCAGUACAGCCAGGUGGAGAUCUUCAGGACUCUGGCACGAGGCUGGGGCCUUCGCUGUGCCCAUGACAUCAAGAAGGGGGAGUUUGUGAAUGAGUACGUAGGAGAAGUGAUCGAUGAGGAUGAGUGCCGGGUCAGGAUCAAACACACCCAGGAUAACGACAUCUGUAACUUCUACAUGCUGACUCUGGACAAGGAUCGGAUCAUUGAUGCUGGGCCCAAGGGGAACCAGGCCCGCUUCAUGAACCACAGCUGCCGGCCCAACUGUGAGACACAGAAGUGGACGGUGAAUGGAGACACGCGUGUGGGACUCUUCACUCUCAUAGAUGUCCCUGCAGACACAGAGCUGACUUUCAACUACAACUUGGAGUGCCUUGGGAAUGGGAAGACUGUGUGCAAAUGUGAAGCUCCAAACUGCAGCGGCUUCCUAGGAGUUCGGCCAAAGAACAACCCUCCAGCAGACGACAAGGGCCGCAAACUGAAGAAGAAGGUCUUGGCUAAACGGAAGAACAAGCUGGAGGUGACCAAGGAGAGGGAGGACGAGUGCUUCAGUUGUGGGGACGGGGGACAGAUUGUGUCCUGUAAGAGACCAGGCUGUCCCAAGGUCUACCACGCAGACUGUCUCAACCUCGCCAAGAGGCCUGCAGGUCGGUGGGAGUGCCCGUGGCACCAGUGUGACCUGUGUGGUAAGGAGGCAGCCUCCUUUUGUGAGAUGUGUCCCAGCUCUUACUGCACACUGCACCGCGACGGCAUGCUCUUCAUCUCCAAGCUGGACGGACGGCUGUCCUGCAGCGAACACGACCCCUGUGGACCAGACCCCCUGGAGCCAGGGGAGAUCAGGGAGCACCUACCCGACAUCUGUGCUCUCUCACCGGGCCUGGGGGCUGGCGUUGUAAUCCCUGGUGCUGCUCCUACAGUUACUACUACAGGGGACCCCGAGCCUUGCCCUGGUCCUGAGUCUGAGUCUUUCCCCCUCUCCCCAGCUCUAGCCCCAUCUCUGGUCACUUUUCUGUCCCAAUAUCUGGCCCCAUCAGCACCCCUCUAGCCAGCUCUGAGGCCCCCGAUAGCUCUCACCUUUUCCUUCCCCAGUACUCACCCAUCUCUUCCUACGAAGAUGAGAAAGAAGAAAUUGAGGAUCCUUUGGGUGAUGAAGAGGGGGAUGGAGAGUUAGAGGAUGGCGAGAUGGAGGGUC